AUGUCUCCGGUAUGCCACGGCACCACCAAGUCAACUAUUAGCACCCACGAGGCUACCUCAGCCACUGUGUCGGGCAUGCAGCGCACCAUACCAUCCCCACCAAGGAAGGGAAUCACAAUACCAAGACUUGCCACCCCCCUCCUCUUCCACACUAUGGAGCUCAUACAUUGCAAUGACCGUCGUUCCAGGCACACCAACCCCAUACCCACGAUCUCGUCAAGAGGUGAAUGCUCAGCCUCCGCCAUAGUAACACCGGACCAUUCCCUGAUGAACAGCAACGAGAUGGCUCCACUCCUCUCCCGUACCGAGUGUUCUUGGGGCCCGGAGAGCUUCCGAUAUGCCCGUCGUCUUGUUUCAGAAGACGCCCUCCCGUUGGUUACGACUUGGCUAUCCACUGAUCUGAUCGCCGUCGACGACCGGAGCAUAGCCACGGGCCAGAUCAGGUUCCGCAUCAGGUGCUUCUCGUGCAUCCGCUCCUUACCCAAGGUGCCACCGGCUCGCACCUGCGUGCAAAGAGUCUAUACGGGCCGGCAAAUCACAGGGCUGGAUAUCGGCUCUCCUGUGACGGAGUACCGUGACUGCAACUGCAUUUUCCUUGCCAUGGGUUUCAAGGGGCUCUGAGAUGAAGAAAUCAGGGUGAUCCACUUGAUCAUCUGGGCUAUGUGCAGAAGUGGUCCCGAGUACAUGAUCAAAGGUCACUCGCGCACCGCGCUACUUGCGUUGCCGUCCGGGCCGUCACUGCAGAUGCUCCACAAGUUUCAAUAUCAGUUGGUGCUAGUCUACGCUGAAGCGAUGAUGAACAGCAGAGCACUGCCCGGAUGUGCUCCACGCGUAAGCGGUAAUUAGUGAUGUUUACGAUCCAACUGCAGAUUCUUUGCCCCGAACGGGCAGAUAGUGAAGACAAGAAAAGGGGGCAUAGGGCUGAAGGGAUGGGGGUUGGGAAGCGAUACCGAGCAUGGCGCAGUGUGGAUGUCGUCUCGAGUAGACACGACAGUGAUGGAGUGUUCCACAGUAGUGCUGAUGAAGCGUCAUGGAUGGGGGUUGAUACUAGAGACACACCAUUGCACAGCCGACCUCCGUUUUGGCCAUCCUCGAUGAAGAAGUGCCCAGUUGAGAAUCGUGCGCGCAUGCUUGCAUCGAAACGUUGGUGAGUCAAGAAACGGGCAUGCUUGGAUUGGGAC